CAUUUCUCCCCCCUGUCGUGUCUGUUCGUCCGCGGACACAUAAAGACCUACUUUUUUCCGACAAAAGAUGCUGUUCCACACACAACAUAGGGGUGAUCAUAAGACUCACUGUAAUCACGGUGAAUUUUUUCCCUUAACAUCGAAAGUUGAGGAACAUGCCUCUAUGCAGCGUACGAACUGCUGAGAGGAAUUUUUCCCCCUUAUGGUUCUCGGUGUCCCUAGGCACAGGGAUGGCUUCUAUGCUUCUGAGCCAGCUACCUUAUAACACCCGUGGCGUCCAAUUGGCAUCUCUUGCAUUGUUCGUCUUAAACAUUCUGGUUUUCGUUACCAUAUUGGCUAUCAGUAUGUGUCGGUACAUUCUCUACCUACAAGCAUUACGGGGCGUCAUCGAAGACCGUGAGCAAAUACUGUCCUUGCCACUUAUACCCAUGGCAUAUUCAACGUUAAUAAAUAUGAUAACAUUUGUGCUUGUUCCCUUAUGUAUUUCUCGUGUAGUAAUAGGUGGAAAUUUAAUUGGUUCAGGGUAUUAGAAAGAAGCAGUGUCGGAGAGAUUAGCCAGCGGUAGUUGUGGGAAAAAGGCCGCCUAAAAGG